AUGGACCUCUGCAAUAAGGAAGUGUUCGGGAACGAAGCGUUUCGAUCGCCGCAGUUCUCCGUCGCGUCGCACGCGAUUCGCGGCGGGCGCGGCUACGCCGGCCGCGACUGUUUCGUGCUCAUGCCCACGGGCGGGGGCAAGUCGCUGUGUUAUCAGCUCCCGGCGAUCAUCACGGGAGGGGUAACCGUCGUGUGCUCGCCGUUACUAUCGUUGAUUCAAGACCAAGUCAGGCACUUGGUGCACGACUACGACGUUCCGGCGACGUAUCUCUCGAGCGCGCAGACGGAGACGGACGCGCGCGCCGCGUUCGCCGAGCUCCGAAAAGAUAAACCCACGAUACGACUGCUGUACGUCACCCCGGAGAAACUCGCGAGCAGCGACGCGCUGUGGACGUGUCUAGAGGCUUUAUACGACAGCGGGCAGCUCGCGCGGUUCGUGAUCGACGAAGCGCACUGCGUGAGCAGCUGGGGCCACGACUUCAGGCCGGAUUACAAAAAGCUCGGCGCGUUGAAGAAGCGUUUCCCGGACACGCCGGUGAUGGCGUUGACCGCGACGGCGACGAUGACCGUCCGCGCGGACGUCCUCAAGUCGUUAGGGAUCGCGCGGACCGCGCGGUGCUUCACCGUGACGUUCAACCGGCCGAACAUCUCGCUCAUCGUGAAGCAUAAGAAGCGCAUGAGGGACGUGAGCGCGUUCGCGAAGUGGGUCGCGGAUCGAUACGGCGACAAGAAAGCGGGCAUCGUGUAUUGCCUCUCCCGGGACGAGACCGCGACGCUCGCGGCGGCGAUCAACGCCGAGCGCGCGCGGCGAUUCAAAACGGGCGAAAGGCCGGGCCCGGCCGCGGCGGCGUACAACGCGGGGGUGCCGCAGAAGGAGCGCACGCGGAUUCAAAACGCCUGGACCGCCGGCGACGUCCGCGUGUGCUGCGCGACCAUCGCGUUCGGGAUGGGCAUCGACAAGCCGGACGUUCGAUACGUCGUCCACUACAGCGCGCCGAAGAGUUUAGAGGGGCUGUACCAGGAGAUCGGGCGCGCGGGGAGGGACGGGAAGGAAGCCGAGGCGGUGACGCUGUACGCGGCGAGCGACAUCACGCGGUUGCGGCGGAUCAACGCGAUGCCGCAGCCGGGAGGGGGCAGGCGCGCCGACAGGAUCAAGAAAUCCGAGCCGCUGCUCCGGGAGGUCGAGGCGUUCCUCUUAAACCGCGUCGACUGCCGACGCGCGCGGUUGAUGUCCUACCUCGGCGAGGACGGAUUCGAGGCGAGGCGCUGCGGCGUGACGUGCGACGCGUGCGCGCGGAGGGCGGGGAUCGCGGGCGGGUUACUCGGCGAGGAGGACACGUGGGACGAAGACGCGAAGACGGACAAAGUCAUUCGGAAACCGGCGGGCUCCGGGGCGACGACGCGACGGAAGAAAGCAGCGGGGGGGAGGAAGAGGAAAGCGAAGCCGAAGACGACGACGCGCGCGAAGAAGAAGUGAAGCGAAGAAGCGGAGUAGACUAACGUAGGCGUUUAGAUUGCAAAGGGACCGCCGACCCGACGGCGGCGGCGGCGAAGACGACUCUCGGACGGUCGUUAAAAAAGACCUCCAUCGCUCUUCAUCACGCGAACGCGGCUCCGAGCCACAUGUGCAGCGGGAACUGAAUCACCGCGAGUAUCAGCAGCAGAUAGUUGUGCUUGCUCCCGUCCACGCCGUACCCCCCGCCGCCUCUCGCCUCGGAGAAGAUGAUCCGUUUCGUCCUUCACGAUGAACACCGCGCCCGCCGUCGCGCCCCAUCCGAUGGCGGCGAUCUUCGCGAAUUGCGCCCCCGGAAAUAGAAUCUUCACGCACGACGCCGCGCUCACCAACACGAACAUGUACCCGCAGUACGCCGCGAUGUCCAACACCGGCGCGGAGACGACGUGCUGCGCCGUGCUGCAGCUCCUGAGCGCCGUCCACACGAACGCGGACUCGAGGCACCAGAAACAAAAGCCUCGCCACGCGAAUCCGGCGGGGGACUCGGGCGUGAACUCUCC